AUGGCAUCUGACACGGCGUCUGAGACACUUGACAGUGCCCUUGCAGACGUGGAGGAAGAGAUGCCUCCGCCUCCGCCAGCGCCCGUGGCGGCGGCGGGGCGUCGCAAACGCGAGGCAGGCGGCUCGCCAUCUGCUGAGCGUCCCAGCAAGGUGCAGUUUUGCGGUGGUUGGGUCCCACCGGUCUGUUCAACGUGCGGGCAAACCGCAAAGCAGCCGGACCAAUUUCACCCCGACAACAUCACCUUGUAUUGGCCCAAGAAACAGAAGAACCAGGCGGGUCAUCCUGAGUCAUACCCGCCACCGGUCUACGAGACCGGGAGGAAGGCAACGAAUGCAACCCGGAAUCACAACUUCAGUGGGAUGCCUCAGCUCAAGCUGAAUGCCCUCAUCGAGAAGAAUCCGGACCGGAUGCCAAAAGCGCAUGGGAGGACAAGCGUGCACUCAACUAGUAUCAAGACUGGCCGGCGACGUCAGCAUGAGCAAAUCAACAUCAGUAGCUACGCUGCGGAAGAGAGCUUUGCUGAGUUCUUCAACGUGGGAACCGUUGUUCCAGUGGGCGAGUGGCUGGAGAGCCAGGGGUUCGAUUUGAAGAAGAUCGGCAACGAAGCCAAGCAGAAGACCUUUGCGAAGGAGGAAGAGCAGCACGACAAGGGGUCCGCCGCUGCGGCUGCGUACGCCAGUGAGUCCCGGAGGACGCAGGAUCUUGCCAAGAUGAUGAACAAAGCGGAGGAUCUCGAUCACAAGCUGAGCGAGUACCGCGGCCACGUCAUUGCGGCCGAUGACGUCCAGGCCGCAGCGGAAGCAGCCUCUAUGUGCUCAGAGCAUGUCCAGGACGAAUCCGACGACGAGGAAAUGGACUUUUCCUCUUUUGGGGUACAUGAGGCCGCGGGCUCGAGCAAGGACAAACCUGCUGCCAAAAAGCAGGGCCGCGGCAAGAAAAAGGAAGGCGGAGGCAGCUUGCCCAAUCCCAAUGUGCGGUCGCCCAAGCUGAAUCCCGCUGCUUCCGUAGCAGCGGUGGACCCAGAUAUCCCGCAGCCUAUCCAACCAAAGAGGGAGUCGAAGAAGAACCCUGCCCCCCCGAAUCCUGCUGCCAAGACCCGCAGCAACGCCCCGAAUCUUGCUGCCACGACCCGCAGCAACGCACAGGAUCAGACAUUCAAGAAGGCACAAGCGCUGUACGACUCCAAGAAAAAGGGGUUCUCGCCGGAGCAGCUGUGGUCUACAAAGCCGAAGCAGCGAGUGAUCUCUCAGACUGUGAAGUCUUUGGACGACAUGGCCUCCAAGCUUACCGGAGACCCGACCAGCUCGGAGCUCCAGCAACAGAUCAUCGAGCUGUCGUUGGACGUCAGCACCGCCAGCAAGCUUUUCACGCGCCUGCGACAGCAGCCAUCGCAGUUCCUCUCAGGGGACCUGGAGGAGGUAGAGAUGCAGCUGCUGCAGAAUUCCGAGGCGUCCCUGGUCGCGACGUUGGUCAUGUGGCUGGCGCAAGCGCUGCUCAAAGACUUGGAGGGGGAGCAAGAGCGCAGCGACGCAUUCUUCUCAUUGAUGUCGCUGUCGAGAACCGUUGCCCAAGCCUCCUCGGUGCAGGCUUCGCUUCUGCACAUGUGGAUGGAAAAGCUGUUCAAGCACAGGACAGAGGGAAAGAUUCAGGCCAUGGCUGCAUGGCUCCCAGCCACGAUGCUGGACCUUGCAACGUUGCCGGCUGACUUCGACCCGGUGCAGUCGGGGCUGGAGCCCGAUCAGCAGUACUCUGCCGGCGUGAGCUUUGACAUUCAGGUUGUGCGAACCCUUUGCACCGCGUGGAAGGAGGCAAGGGGCAUCGAAUUGAUUGCAACUUAUCCUGGCCUUCUGCCUGCGACGUGUUGCGAGUUGACAAUGUGGAGCAGAUUGGAAAACGCAGCCAGGCUGUACGUCCCGGCCAAGACCAUCCUGGAGGAGUGCAGCCGCGUGGUUGCGAAGCUUCCCGAUGUCGAUGCCAUUCCAGACUCCCCGGAGCAGGUUGAGGGCGUAUGCGGUUGGCUGUGUCACACAGAGCAUGUGGACCAGUGUUGCCUUGCCAAGACGUGCGAGAGACGUCUGCGCAAUCAGCCAAACGUGGCCGAGCUGGAGAGGAGUCGUGAUGUCCAAAUGUUGAAGGAUGCCAUGCAGAAGCUGCAUAUCACAAUGGAUGCCCAGCUCCCAUUGGUCAUGCCCCAUGUCGUCUCGGUUCUCAAGACGGAGAUGGUGUCUGGGGAGGUGGAUCCUUGGUCUGGUGUGAAGGAGCAAAUUGUGGACAGCCUGGCCACUGUAUACAAGGAUUUCUUGAGCUUGCGUGGGCUUGUGUCUGACACGGAUGGAAACCUGACUGUGGAAAGCUUUUGCAAAGCAAGUGCUGCCAUUUCCAAGUACAAUGGCAGCAAAUGCCAGUCCGAGUCCAACAGCGUUCCGAUUCCCAACGGCCUUGCAGAUUUGGUUGCCAUCCUGAAGGAUGGACGUGCGGCCGAUUCCAUUAAGUUGCCGCCAGCCUGGUGCAAAUCCCUCAUCGCCGAAGGACAGCUGGAAGCUCUCUUGAAGCUUGAUGCCAGCGUCAAGAGUUCCCUCGGUCCCGUGGUGGAGCAGCAGUUGCGCGCGGGACGCAUCGCCCACGCGUACAUGUCGCCCCAACAAGGCCAGGCGGACUACCUCUCCGAGAGCCCCACUGUUUGGAUCAAGGUGGAGCAUGUGAUGCAAGGGGUUGCAGCUCUCCUGGAUGUCCAGACCGCGAAGGCUGUGCACAAGCUGGAGCUGCCGUCGCUUUCGAACGCGGAGCAGCGUCUGAUCAUGAAGUUGGCCGGCGCCAUCGAUGCCACCAAGGAUCGGCUUCAGCGGCACAAGUCGGAUGUUGCGGAGCUGUGGGCUAAGCUUCAGGUGCUGCUCGCCGAAACGGAUUCGCAGAAGGUCAAGGCCGAGGUUGCUUUCCUCGACGACAAGUCUGAGGUCAUGGAGCUGCAUAUCCAAGGACUGGAUGAGGUUAAGGAUGCGCAAGAUAUGGCUCAUGCACUCUUGCAGUGGGAGGCUGACCUUAUCAAGGUUCUGACCACCGGGAAGGAAAGCUUCGCGGCCCUACGCCAAGUUCUUGCGAUCCCACCGGAUAUGUUCCAGUUUCAGCAAUCCAUGGUGGCUGCCAUGUGCCACCAACUCUUGCUCCGAGACCUUGAGGGUGGGGAUGAGCAGAUGAAGCAACAGGCAAUUGCAGAUGGGGCCGAGAUUGAGAAAUUCGCUCGCAAAGAGCUCAAGCUGAACAAGAAGGACUUUCCCAGUCAGAUGGCCCAGGCAGAGAAGCUUGUGAAGGAUUUGAAGGCACGCUCAGCCACGAGCUGA